UCCAAGGCACAAGAACUGACAACAGUAAAAAUGUCCAAGUUUGGAGGUGGUAUUGGUGCACCAAGCAAAGAGGAGAGGCUGAAAGAAGCUGCAGAAAUACAUUUAAGAUUAGGACAAAUUCAGCGGUAUUGUGAACUAAUGGUAGAACUUGGAGAGUGGGACAAAGCACUCUCAGUUGCACCUGGUGUAUCGAUGAAAUAUUGGAAGAAGUUAAUGCAAAGGAGAGCUGAUCAGUUAAUUCAGGAAGAAAAUGAUGAUGUCAUCCCAUAUUGUAUAGCUGUCGGAGAUGUGAAGAAAUUAGUUUUUUUCUUUAUUUCAAGAGGCCAGCUUAAAGAGGCUCUGCUUGUUGCACAGGCAGCUUGUGAGGGAAAUAUACAAAUGUCACCACUCUCCUCAACAAGUGCAUCUUCAAGUUCUGGUGGAAACAAUACAGAUGAUUAUAAUGAGCUCCUGCACGAGGUCAGUAAAGAACUGGCAGAAUGGUAUUUCCAGGAUGGCCAUGCAGUGCUUGCAGCAUGUUGCCAUCUGGCUGUUGAAAAUGUAGAGCUUGCGAUGGCAAACCUGAUUCGUGGAAAUGAACUGGAGUUGGCAAUCAGUGUGGGUGCUGUCUUAGGAGAAAGUGCAGCACAAGCAACACAUUAUGCCCUAGAAUUACUAGCAAGAAAAUGUAUGACAGUAACAACAUGCUUUCCAUCACUUGGAUACAGGGAUUUAGCAGCUGAUCUUCUUAUGAUGAUUCCUGAUAAUAAACUGCAAUUAAUAAAACUAUGUGCUUUUUAUCCUGGAUGCGUAGCGGAAAUAAAUGACCUGCAUGCAAAGUGUAAUCUUCCUGAUGUAGAAGAGUGUAUGCGAUUGGCAGAGACAGUUCAGGCAGAUGGGGAUAUAUUCGAAGCUAUAAAGUACUAUCUGUUAAGCACAGAACCUGAAAAGGCUCUCCCUAUUGGCAUUCAGUAUGUGAAAGAACAACUUUGUGGCUCAGAUUGGACAUUAGAUUCAGUCUGUCCGUAUCUUGAUCUUCUAAGUUACAUACGCACUGAACAAUUAGUGUUGCAUAAAUGUAGUGAAUUUCGGAAUGAAUUGCUGAUUUUGUGUGGUUACAUUGGUGCUUUACUUGCCAUCAGAAGACAGUACAAUAGCAUUGUACCUGCACUUUAUGAGUAUACAAGUCAGCUUUUAAAAAGACGGGAAGUAUCUGUACCUUUAAAAAUUGAACAACUUUCUAAGGAACUGGAUGCAUGGAGAGCUUGUACUCAAUUUAACAAUCUUACCGAUGAAUUGCCAUGCACUCCACCAUCUGAAUCACAGAGAAUGGUGUAUUCAACAAUCACAUCACGAAUACAAGAGGAGCCUCUGAAAGGAAUGGUUGGGCCAGACUACGUCACUGGAUCAAAUCUUCCCAGUCAUUCGGAUGUUCACCUCUCUUGUUUGACAGGGCUAAGGAUACAGGGUCCAGUGUUCUUCCUUGAAGAUGGGAAAUCUGCUAUUUCACUGAAUGAUGCUUUGAUGUGGGCCAAAGUGAAUCCUUUUUCACCACUAGGAACAGGUAUACGACUUAACCCAUUCUGA